AUAUGAUUCGUCCGGGUCACUCGUGAGUGUUUUAUUUAAACAUGUUCCAGGGGUCAAUAUUCGCAGUCCUUGUUCACAACCACCAUCAUCAUGACUCUCUCCUUGUUCGACGUUCGCAAACAACUCACGUUUUACGGUUCCUACCACUCUAAUCCAGUCAACGUCCUCGUUCAUAUAUUCGGGGUCCCAGCUAUUCUGUGGAGUUCACUGCUGUUGGCUACUCGCAUCCAAACUCCCGCAUUCUUGCCAGAAUUUCGCUAUACGUUCAAUGAGUACCUCUUAUUCGAUUUGAACACGCCCGCCGUGGUCGCCGCCAUCUAUCUUGCAUACUAUAUUAUCCUUGAACCGUUGGCUGCAUUGUUGUAUGCGCCACAAAUGGUGCUGACUUUACUGACGGCAACAGCUCACGCCCACCACCCCGAUGGCAUUCGAGACGCGAUUAUUAUUCAAGUCAUUUCAUGGAUUGCACAGUUCCUUGGGCAUGGACUCGCUGAGGGUCGUGCUCCGGCCCUUUUAGACAACAUUGUCGGUGCCCUUGUACUCGCUCCGUUCUUUGUACACUUGGAAUUGAUGUUCAUGCUCGGAUAUCGUCCUGCUCUACACAAGCAACUGCAAAACGAUAUAGGCACUGAGAUCGCCAAGAUGAGAAAGACACAAGGCGACAAGAGACGCCUCGCAGAAAAGAAGGCCAGUUAAUUUGAUCGACGACAGCAUCCUAGUCGCAUAUCUAUCAUCUUAAAAUUUACGUAUCUGUUGAAUCUCCUGCUUUGCCCGACCUCAUGGAUUCUUUUAUUCCUAGCCUGUGGAGGUUC